AGAAGUUGAAGCAGAGUUCCGUGCAGGACUGGGAGUAUUGUAAUUACGUCCUAACGAAUGGGCUUAUGCAGUAUUUAAUAUGAGGUGGCUACAGGUGCUGCUGUUGCGUGAAAGGCUGAUCAGACAAGGAUGCUCGGUGAUAACGCACUCUCGGCUGCAGUCAUCAGGUGCUGGGUCUGCUCCCAAUACAUCUUUUGUAACUCCGGCACCACCUCCCGGGCCGUUACAAGUGAACAGCUGCAUACAGUUUUGGAAGCAGGUAUUUUCUCAGCAUAAGAUUCCUGAACCAGAGGCUUCCAGCGAGUACAUUGUAGCACACGUUCUAGGUGCUAAAACUAUCCAGAGUCUUGAAAACAAACAACUCUCUGACUUGCUGACGACAUCACAAAUGCAGUAUGUGUGGGAAUUAUGUACCCGUCGGCUUCAGAGAAUGCCAGUUCAGUACGUGAUUGGGGAGUGGGAUUUUCGACAUCUGACACUGAAGAUGAAGCCCCCUGUUUUUAUUCCUAGGCCAGAGACUGAGGAACUUGUGGUACUUGUUGAAGAAGAUCUCCUCUCCCAGGACAAAGCUGACAUUAGUGCCGGCCCACAUCGAGACAUUACUUUCCUAGAGGUGGGCUGUGGCUCAGGUGCAAUUUGUCUCAGUUUGCUUCAUCUUCUGCCACGGAUCCAUGCCAUCGCAGUUGACAAAAGUGCAGAGGCUAUCAAUCUGACUAGAGAGAAUGCAGACAGACUAGGACUGUGUGAUCGCUUGAAUCUGCUCCAGAUGGACAUACUGUUGGAUUCACAUCAGUUGGUCCGUGAGUGUGGAGCGGUGGAUUUUAUUAUCAGCAAUCCACCGUAUGUAUUCUCAGAAGAUAUGAAUGAACUUGAACCAGAGAUUCUCCAGUAUGAAGAUUUGCAGGCAUUAGAUGGAGGUGAGCACGGUUUAGAAGUCAUCCAACAGAUCCUCUCCAUUGGAAAGCAAAUACUGAAGAAAAAUGGAAAAAUAUUUUUGGAAGUUGAGCCCAGACAUCCUGCAGUGCUACAGAUGUUGAUAAGUCAGGGAUGUUACUCUGGAAUUGUAUACAAGGACACAAAAAGAGACUUUUGUGAAAGACCCAGAUUCUGCAUUUUGCAGAAAACCUUUGAAGAAGUGUGAAUGCCUCUCCAUUCUUGAAGAAAGCUGAUCUCACCUUCAACCUAAGGAGUGCAUCUUACAUCUUUGUUCAUUGUUUGUUAUUCAUAAUGAAACUCUGGUCUGUGUUAGAAAAAGAAUUACAGUGUACUGCCUGUCUGCUAUAAUACUUCCAUUCAAAUCAGGGAGUUGAUCCUGUUUUACCAAGAAAUAUCCACCUACUGUACAUUGUUCACUAAGAAUGUCUUUGGAAAAGUAAAUGCAGAACUUGACUGUGAAAUACAGACAGCUCAGACUAAUGGCAGAAUUCAUCGAGAACUGCCUAGCUAUGUUUUCAUUUGCUCCUAUAUUUCCACCAAUUUUACUCAGGGCCAUGUCUCAGUGUGCUGGUCACAUUGUACUUUGCUUAUGGUUUCCUUUCUCCUCUUCUUCUUCUUUUUUUUUCUCCUUACUCGAUCCUUAAGACGCAGUAUGGCUCGCUGCAUCUCUGUCAGAUUAGCACAAAUAAAUCGCAAAAUCAACCAGAAUGUUUAAGCAAAUUCUAGAAGAAAAACAGCUCUAAAUCUAUUAAGUAGUUCUCUUUUGUUCGCUAGCUAAGCGGAUGAAACAUAAGCCCCGAGGCAGAUGCGUGAGUGAGGAGGGCCCUGUCCCCUCCCCUUGUCCCUCUGCAUACCCUCACAGACUCGCACAGAUAAAUUGGUGCCGCAUGCGAGCGAUGAUACUUAGCGCAAUGAGAGAAGUCACAAAUUGAACCGGAAUGUUCAAGAAAAUUAUAGAAAAAACCCAAUAUAAAUCUGUUAAGUAGUUCUCUCAUUAGCUAGCUAAGCGAAUGUAACAUAAACCCCGAGGCAGAUGCAUGAGUGAGGGGGGUCCUUUCCCUUCCCCUUGGCAAUCUCCAUACCUUCACAGAGUCGCACAAAUAAAUCGGUGUCGCAUGUGAACGAUGAUACUUAGCACAAUGAGAGAAGUCACGAAUUCAACCGGAAUGUUCAAGCAAAUUAUAGAAAAAAACCUGAUCUAAAUCUGUUAAGUAGUUCUCUUGUUCGGUAGUUAAGUGGAUGUAAGGUAUGCCCCGAGGCUGGAGCAUGACUGAGUGAGUAAAAAGCGGACAGACAGACAGACGUUGGAUUUUACAUAUAUAGAGAGAUUUGACUGAAAAUUGGAAAUGUGAUUGUUUCUAAAAAUUGUUUUAUUCAUUGCAGACACUUACUAGUAGCCACUACAAGAAGAGGAGGAAGAGGGUACAAUAUGAUGCGUAUUGUUAAUGAUACUCUAAUAUAAGUCAAAAUAGUAAAGCGAUUCCAGGCCCUUGAGUCUCAUCCUUGUCUGACUGACACCCACUCUAGGAAAGGCUAACAACUCUAAGGUUCUUCAUCGUGUUCGCUGGAGAGUGGUGACAUUUUGAAUGUUGGUCGGCAAUACAAGUAUGAAUUUGAUGGUACUCUGCACAAAUUAUCAUAAAGUUAAUACUACAAAUAAUAACUAAGACUUAAUAUACAUCUAGAUACCAUUGACCAUAUGGUUACUUGCAUUGGGUACAAUGACAUUCUUACUUGCAACUCAUUACAUCUUUCUAUAGCACCAUGAAUGGUCCUUUUCCAUUAGCAUCAUUUCAGGUUUUUCUCCUGUAUUUCCCCAUCACCAUUAUUGUUUCAGCAGCAAGAAACUGCCUACUCUCCCAUCCCUCUCCCUAUACGGGGAGGCCAGCCUUGUGCCCAGGGUCCUCAUGCCAGAAGCUGGAGCCCAUCUACUUAAGCAAUCAGCCCAGUGGCCAGUUGGCCUUUCUUUAGCUUCUUACUUAGCAGCAGGCUCUCUCUAAACCUCUUUUAUUUCUCCUAUUUUUCCUGGUCCUUUAUCUCCCAGUUACCCAUCUUAUCUAGGAUGGUAGCAGCAGGAUGUGAGCUCAGAAAUUUUGCAUUAGACAGCAGCCUACUUUACCACUGCUACAGAGGAGACCUCCUAUUCCUUCACCGGACUAGACUCUGAUCAGGAGUCCCUAGCUCCAAAGCCAUCUAUUUUAGGUGGUUUAGUUCAUAUUUUUGAGGUAUUUUUAGUGUGAGUAGAAAUGUAAUGGCAAUAUUAAAUCAUUCCAGUCUAAAGCAAAUGUGUGAGUGUAAGUAUUCCCCACCCAUGAUCUUUUGAAAACAUUGUAACGUGCACAUAUAAAAUGAGACAAAACCAUGAAUGAGUGACAGCUGCUUGCCUUUGAACUUGGGGUGGGGAGAGAACAGACAAAAAUGUUCUUUAAGCCAUAACAGCAAGAUAUUAACCACAUGUAGGUUUUGAAUGUGAGUCUGGCUGAAUCUGCUGACAGUUUACAUCUUACCUUUGCCAAUAAUGUAGCCCUGAGUAACUUUAGGACUAAACUGUUUAAGACCUGCUUUUACAGGGAAGAAAUUGUGAACAAUUAAAGUGGGUAUUAACUGUUGUGGUGGGUGCAUAGGUGAAGUGAUAAAAUGUGAGGGACACCCCCCUCCCCAUCCUCACCCCUUGUAAGAGGUGAGGAAGAUCAUGUAGGGAUCCCUGUAAUGAAUUUAAUAACUUGACACACUGUCUCAGUUUCAAGGAGACAUAUAUUGAAAUGCCUGACCUUUAAGCCCCACACAGAUCACAAAGUGGAAGGAGUCGCAGUGGUUGCUGGCGGUUGUACAUUCCCAGAAGGGAAUUCAAGGGAGUCUAGGCAAUUAAAAGGCUGCCAGGGACCCUGACUCAAGACCCUCGGAUGCAGGAUCACCAGGGAAUGCAAGGUGAACCUGUAAGCGGGUAAUUCUCGUGGCCUGGAUGUUAUUCUGGAUCUUGGCCAGAAGUGAAUCUUGAAGAGGGCACAAAAGUUGAUAACUGCCCGAUGGAGGAUGCAGGAUGGUAAAGGCCAGAGUUGAGUUGGUGCUCAGGCAGAUGUGGAGCAGGAGGUGGAAUAAAGGAGGAUCCGUUUAUUUUGGACUGCCAAGUGCAGUGAGGACAAAUAGGUACGCAAUUAAUUGUAUGUUGUUUCAUUUGUUCUGUUUCUUUAUAGAAUGUUAAAAAAAAUGUACAUUUGUAUUUUUUGUUUAUAGUUUUCACGGUGCUCGUGACAAUAUAACAACUUCAAUAAAGAGCCAAAGUUUGAGACGUAAAUAAAGAUAAACGCACCAGA